UCAAUCUCACAGAACCUGCUGGAAGAUAUGACUGGAAAUGAUAUGGAGAUGUAUCCAUUACACAAGGCGGCAUUCUUCAACGACGCGCAGUCCAUAGCUCAACUUAUAAAAUCAGGACGGAGUUUGUAUGAACAAGAUAUGCAUGGAAACACGGCGCUUCACAUAUCAACAAUGCUUGGUCAUAGAGAGGCCACUGCUCUGCUGUUGGCACACAAUGCUCCGGUGAAGGUGAAAAACUGUGACGGUUGGAAUCCUCUGAUGGAAGCAGUCAGUUAUGGUGAUAGGCAAAUAAUUACUGAAAUGCUACGUAAGCUGAAGGCCCAGUCUCGUAUGGGGAUUUCAUCACGCAAGUCGCAUCUGUUGAAGGUGUUAGAAGAUAUUGGCGACUUCUAUCUCGAACUAAAAUGGGAUUUUCAGAGUUGGAUUCCUCUUCUUUCGCGUAUGUUACCAUCGGAUGUUUGUCAAAUUUACAAAAAAGGAACUCUGUUGCGUAUGGACACCACACUUGCCGACUUCAAUGAACGUCGAUGGGAACGUGGGGAUAUCUCAUUCCUUUUCAAUGCUACAGUGUUCCAACGAGUGCGCCAUGAAGAGUCUGAAGCAGAAGUCGAUGAAGAGGUUGACGUUCUCAUGUCUUCCGACAUUGUUUCUGCGCAGAUGUCGACAAAAACCAUAACGUUUCGUCAGGCGUUUUCUGGUUGGGUCUUUAAACAUGCUAGAGAGGAACAAAUUGGUGAUUACAACGUGAAUUUCUAUCUGGUAGAUGGAAUGAAGUUGGUUUCGAGAAAAAGGCGUGAGCAUCUCUCUGUCGACGAUAUAAAGAAGAAUAAGUCAUUCAUGCAGUCAUUGGCAAGCGGUGCUGCAGUUGGUGAUGAGGAUUUCAAGAGUCUUCAGCACAGAAAAUCAUUACCUCCACCAGGUCGAAUGCCAACCACAUGGGAAGAAUACAUGGGUGCCGCACCUGGAGCGGCUCCUCCCCUUGGAAGGGCUCAAAUUCUAAAGCAGAACGAGAAGCAAUUAACAGCAUUGAUUGGAAUGAGUGAGGACUUUCCAAUGGACAUUGAUGUGUUGCUUAAUAUAUUGGAAAUCGUCGCUCCUUUUAAACAUCUUAAUAAAUUGAGGCGAUUUUGUGAGGCUAGACUUCCGCCUGGAUUUCCUGUUCGCAUAGAGAUUCCUUUGCUGCCGACAAUAUCAGCAAAAAUCACGUUCCAGAAAUUGCAAUUCGGACUGAAUAUCUCGGAUAAGGUCUUCUUUGUACCAGCAUCUUAUCGUGAAGAUCCUACAAGGUUUCCAGAUCUGUGA